CUCUCCCUAGCUUAAUGACCCGCCCAUACUCCCCAACAUACGAUCCAUAUCUUACCAGUAAACAAGACAGCUCUAGCUCCUCGAGGAAGAGUAUCACAGAAGAGACAAAGAUUAUAAGUCUGGACGAGUACAGCAUCAAGGUUCCAAUUUCACCAGACGAUGUGGACAGAGCCAAAUAUAUCACAGCAGAAGCAUUGACAACCAUUCCACCUGACUUAAACCUGGAAAAAGACGAAGUUAUCAUCUCAGUUGGGCUCAAGCUAUCCCCUCCUGGUCUUCAGUUUAAAACUCCGGUGGAAGUCACGGUCUCGCAUAGCGCUAUUUUCACCAACCCAGACAAGGCAGAAAUUGUGCUAUACACCCGAAGGACUGGGUCUGAUGAAUUUUCAAGGAUAGUUCCUGCUUCUGACAAAGCUGCUCGGUGUGUAGUCGCAAAGAAUCACCUUACUCUGUACUUAGACCAUUUCUCGGAAUGGUGGAUUAUCUCCUCUAUCGGGAGAUACUUCUGGAGAUACUUCAUCGGUAAACGGCUCAUCUGUACGCCAUACGUUCCCCUGUCAACAUCCAGAGACGUCACGAACUACAUCUUUCUCGAUAUUAAAGACGACUUCUGUGGCAAGAAAGAGAAUACCAUACAAGACUACAAGGUAGCCUUUUCUGGUGAGCAGUACUGUGUAUAUUGGGGACAAGGACCCCUAUUUGUCAGACAUCUGGAAAACGAACACGAAGUGUCAACACAGGAACUUGAAGAAUGUGCUUUCUUCCACAUGACGACACAUCGGAUGCCGUUCUCUCUUCAGCCACGUGAAGCAUCUGAAGUUCCCGUCAUGUUCAUCUUGAAGCAAAAAGUCACGAAGCGUAUCGCCUUCAAAGUACUGUACAACGAUGUGCCGCAUGAGAAUCCAUUUGCCCAAUCAACCCCGACAGGAACUGCAUCGUCCAAAGGCAAAGCUGAACCAACUGAUGUUGUACGGGGAACAUCGAAAUCACCUCAGCUCCCCGAAGAGCAGACAAGAAGCGGGCAUCAUCUUAAAACAAUAGGUUCGCCAUCACCUGAGCCUGCAGACACAAAGGAUAGAAGUAGUCCUACUGAAGCACUUACAAAACCUAGGCCGUUAACCCCGUCAUCGAUAGAGUCACCGUCAUGUGAACAUGCCUACCAAGUCACAGAUGACUUGAUAACAGAAAAACAGACAGUUGUGCCCGACUAUUCAUUGGAGUCUGCAGCAGAGGAGACAAUGGGAGUCUUAGCCCCACAGGCAUUUGCGGCAAACGUUGUCCAAGAAUUGGUUCCAGGACCUUUAGCAGAUCCAGUGCAUCAGCGUUCUGGAAACGUCAAUAUCUACGUCCGAGAGAUGGUCAUCAACAAUCCCCAAGGGAAUAAUACUCAAGGAAAUACUGUUGCCUCUCCCCCUGUUCCCAUUACUUCCAUAGUACCUCCUAUGCUACAGCAUGAGUUGCGUUGUCGGUUGAACAGAGAAAGCCCAGUUUUUGAUGACUGGAGGGGUCUUGCCAAUCAGCUUGGACUUCAAGACUACAUACAAUCACUGGAGCAGUGCAAGAAUCCGACUGAAGAACUACUCGUUCUUGCUGAGAUUCAAAGGAAGAUUCGGAACCUUGGGGACUUGGCCAAGGCGUUCGAACGCAUGAAUCGUGGGGAUUGCCAAGAGCUCUGCGAGAACUAUGCGUUUGAGAAAACGAAGUCAGCUGAUCCUCGGAAUGAUCAAAUAGAAGAUGAUGACACAGACACCAGUGAUGAGGGAGCAAGUUCAAUGUGUUCCACGUCACCCUUUAAUCCAGGGUCUAUGGCUCGUUAAUCAGACAACCUGUGAACAUAGCAUUAUAUGGUUGUUGUAAUCCACCAACUGCCUGUCAAUUGGUUUAAAAAACCACAAUCAUUAGAUUUGCUCGAAAAAUAUAAAGGUAAAGUAAAGGUAUACUCUAAGGUUAUACGCUGCACUGCAUCAAGAUUAUUACAUUAAUUGCUUUUCCAGGAACGGAGCAGUGAAAUUCACUCUUGGCAUAUUCAUCGAUUUAAGAAAGCACGGUUGACACCAUAAUUCUUAAUAUACUACUAGCUAACUCUGUAAUAUGGCAUUCGAGUUUUACCUCUUGCAUGGUUUAAGGACUAUUUUAGUAACAGAACCGGGUUGUUCAACGUGGUUAAACUAUAAGGAAUAAGAUAAGAUGUGGUGUUCUACAAGAAUCAGUACUAGGGCCAACUUUGUUUGUAUCUAGAUAAAUGAUCUGCCAUCAGUAACUGAUUAUUUCAAUUUGCUGCUUUUUGUCGAUGAUCCUAACAUAAUUCCUAUUUUUCCACUUAACCAGGACGAAAUUAAUGUGGAUGAAGUAAUUAAAAAUACCUAGAAAAUUGGUCUAUUGCUAACAAACUUACAAUGAAUUCAAUGAAAACGUAUUUCAUGUUACUAAGUAGUAGAAGUAAAAAAAAAUAAAAAGAAAGGUGUAAAUGGUUAACUGAAAAUAGCUGGAUAGGAUUUUAAAUAGGUUGAUGUUGCCACUUAUGAUAGACAUCUGUCAUGGAAUAGUCAUAAUAUUCGUUAAUGAUAAUAUGUAAAUCAGUGUUUUACGAAGAAAGUUAUAGAGUUAUUUAGAUUGCGACAUUUUGUUCCUAGGCUUACUCGACAUUAUCAUAUAAAACGUGAAUAAAACCACACAAUACCUGCGGAAUAUAGGUGUGGGGGAGCAUUUUAAGGUUAGCCUAUUAAGAAGCAUAUUGUAUUCACAGAAAAUUGUAGUUCUUACUUGUUUGCAUUUAGAGAUUGGAGAACUCCUACAGCUCUGCUACUUACAAGAUUGCGAAUCCUAAGUUUGUAAAAUUUGGAUUAUCUAUCAAUCUAUACUUUCAUGUUUGAUAUGUUUAAUAAAAUUUGCCUCAUAUUUUGAUAGAUUUCUUUGUAUAGGUAUUGUUGAUCUUUUUAUGUAUUUCCAUUUAUGAAAGUUUGUAUAAUUUGGAUUAUCUAUCAAUCUCUAUUUUCAUGUUUGAUCUGUUUAAUAAAAAAUUGCCUCAUAUUUUGAUAGAUUUCUUUGUAUAAGUAUUGUUUAUCUUUUUAUGUAUUUCAAUUUGGUGGCCCCUUUUUAUAAGCCCUGCUUUCUCCGGGGUCACCAAACCAUCAAUGUGUUCCUCAACAUUUUUUAUGUAACUUAUUUUAAUGUAUAUGUAUUUUGAUGGUUGAACAAAUAAAUGAAUUGAAUUGAAUUGAAUUGAAUUACUAUGAUAUUCUAGAGUAAAGCUACUCCACAAGGCAAACAGAAGAAGAAAAAUUACGUCUCCUGAAAUUUGGAAUGACACAAGGUUGAUAUUCGUUGUCUUUUUUGGUACGGUGAAUUUUGGAAUAGAUUACCUAUUAAUGUCAGAUUCUGUAUUUUGUUGAACAAAUCAUGAAUUAAAAACCCAUCAAUCAGUCUGUAUAUGUACGAAAAAUUCUAUUUCAUAUUAUCAGUUUGUAUCUUGGAAGACAUUGUAUAAGUGUUAUAUUUGUUUAGUAUUGAUUGUAAUGGUAAAUAUUUUGUUGGUAUUUUUGUUUUUCUGAAGGUAACUUGUACAAAUGACAUUGUUUAGAUGUAUGACGUUAGGAUCGACUAGCACAUAUGCUAUUAUCUGGCCCCUUUUACCAACCAAUAUUUAUAUAAUUUCGGAUGGCUUUGAGUGUGAUACCAGAAUAUAUUGCUCGGCUAUGACUAUAUUGGUCUCGUCUCUGACUCGUCCAAUAUUAUGAGAGCAAUAUAUUCUUGUAUCACGCGAGAACAAAGCCAUAGCAAAUUAUUAUUAUUAUCGAUAUCAGGCUCACUAGCGAAAUAACCAAAUUUGACUUACCUCGGUAAAUAUGACUUUGUUUUCGUGUGAUAUCGAUAUCGACAGUUGAAGUUCACGGAUGAUUGAGCAAUACGUAAACAUUAUUGAUCAGUCAUCCGGGUACUGCGCUAAAGAUAUUAAAUUCACUGAUUUCUUUUAAGACUUGGAGGCAUUAUAUAGAUAAUCAUUUUUCUUCUUGUACAUGGAAAUAUCGUUGUAUGAAAUGAAUGGUACUUUUUUGCUGUUGGUAUAUAAAUCAAUCAAAUACAAAAAAUCUAGUAAUAAAUCUAACAUUGACAGGAUUGUAAAUAUAAAAGUGAUGUAAAUAAUUAUAUACAGAAAUAAAUUCGCAUCAACUCAAAUCACAUCAAAUGAAAUAAAUUCAACAUUUA